UCCCGCCUCCAAGUUUAAUCUGCAGGGGCGAACGUAAACGUAAAUUUUAAGAAAGUGUCACUGCUUUUACGCCUUUUGCAAAAAUAGCCCAUGGCUACUUUUGCUCCAGUGAAACAUAACAUGCGUUAAGUGAACACCAAGUUUUGCUCCUGCGAGUUGACAGCGCGUGCUUUGCAGUCCCAACUGAAAGCAGCCGAACCACCAAGCUAAACAUGCUGCAGAGGGCGACUCCGUUGUCGGCUGCAGUACGAAGCCUCUCCUCGGGCUACGCGAACAUAACGGCCCCGCUGAACUUCUGGGGUGGAAAAAGGAAGGCGAGCAAAGAAAGAAACAAUGGGGAAAACGUAUUCGAGCCUGCAACAGGGCGCGUCUUGUGCACGUUGGAGCCAUGUGGUUCCACAGAGGUAGGCCAAGCUGUCGAGGCGGCCAAGUCAGCCUUUGGUUCUUGGAGUAAAAUGUCUGGGAUGGAGAGAGCAAGGGUGAUGAUAGAAGCUGCUCACACCAUUGAGAAAAGGAGAGAGGAGAUUGCCGAAAUGGAAGUAGUAAACAAUGGGAAAUCCAUCACAGAGGCCCGUCUGGACGUGGACUCAGCCCGAUUGUGUAUCGAGUACUAUGCGGGACUGUCCAGCACCCUUUCGGGCCAGCAUGUGCAGUUGCCAGGUGGAUCUUUCGCCUACACACGUAGGGAGCCUUUGGGCGUAUGUGUCGGCAUCGGUGCUUGGAAUUACCCUUUCCAGAUUGCUGCCUGGAAAUCGGCCCCAGCACUGGCCUGUGGCAACACAAUGGUGUUCAAGCCAUCCCCGGUGACACCUGUGACAGCGGUCAUGUUGGCAGAGAUCUUUGCUGAAGCAGGAGCUCCAGAGGGACUCCUCAACGUGGUGCAGGGGGGGCAGGAGACAGGAAGUUUACUCUGCCACCACCCUGACGUGGCAAAGGUCUCCUUCACUGGGAGUGUGACAACUGGACAGAAAAUAAUGGAAAUGGCAUCCAAAGGGAUCAAACCAGUGACAUUAGAGCUUGGUGGGAAAUCCCCACUGCUCAUAUUUGAGGACAGUGACAUUGAGAACGCUGUACGGGGCGCUCUAAUGGCCAACUUCCUUUCUCAAGGCCAGGUUUGUAGCAAUGGCACAAGAGUUUUUGUCCAGAAGGAAAUUCUGCAUGAAUUUGUGGAUGAAGUUGUCAAAAGGACCCAGGCCAUUGAAAUUGGCGACCCGCUAUUGGAGACUACCAAAAUGGGAGCACUGGUCAGCCGGCCACAUCUUGACAAAGUCCUCGCCUUUGUGGAACAGGCGAAAAAGGAGGGGGCCACUGUAUUGUGUGGGGGUGAAGCCUUCGUCCCUUCAGACGCUAAACUCAGACAUGGAUACUACAUGACGCCAUGCGUUCUGGCCAACUGCAGAGAUGACAUGACCUGCGUAAAGGAGGAGAUCUUUGGUCCCGUCAUGUCUGUGUUGUCAUUCAACACAGAAAAGGAGGUGCUGCAGCGAGCCAAUGACACCACAAUGGGAUUAGCUGCAGGAGUUUUCACUAGGGAUGUGCAGCGUGCCCACCGUGUGGUUGAACAACUCAAAGCUGGUUCCUGUUUCAUCAACAACUACAAUAUCACUCCUGUGGAGGUUCCAUUUGGAGGCUUUAAAAUGUCAGGCAUAGGGCGGGAGAAUGGCCAGGUGACAAUUGAACACUACUCGCAGCUGAAGACGGUGUACGUGGAGAUGGGGGAUGUUGACAGCCUCUUCUAGGAAAGGCCAACCAGCAGGAAGUAGUGGAACGCUGACUGAAGUAAAAUGACACAUCACUCAGGGGACGCCCAUGCUUCCUCUACGCGUUGACUGAUUGUUAAGUGAGCCAUCAAACAGUUUUGCACUCCCUGAGACAUAUUUGUGGUAGACUAUACAAAGUGCCCUCUGAAAUAUUUGGAUGACUGAUAAAUACUGUUGCAAAUGUGAAGUUAGGUUUUCAGUAUUAUGGACUGAUUUUUAUUUUUGCAAUGUUAAUUUGCUCACAUAAUUUGUGCCGUGUGCCUUUUUGCAGAUUGGCUUUUA